CCCAGACACACGCACACACAAAAACACACAUCAUGGAACAGAGCAGUGGUAAGUGGCACAAUUGGGCACAAUUGGAAGCCACUCUUAAGAGCCCAAGGGCUUCAAUGCAAGACAUAAGCUUCUUUAAGCCUUUGAACUGCACCACAACAUUAGAAAAGGUGGCUCAGCGGAUCGGACAUCAACUCCACGGGUACAGAAAUUCGGACACAAGCCAAAAUUUUCAGUUAGGUCCGGGUAGAUACAUGGAUGAAGAAAUCGAAUUCUGCCCGCGAUGGCAGCGCCUCUCCGUUUGUGAAAAGGGUUCGCUGAUAAUGCUCGUGGAUCUUCCAUCUGAGCGAGGGGCGUGAGCUGGAUCGACUUGGUGAGAUUCAUGUUCCCGGAGUUAAAUAAUAUUAAAAAAAAUACGUACACCCAGUUAAGCAUGUUGGUAGAGAUUGGCCUACGUUAGUAAAUAAGAAUUCACAUAAACUAUGAAUGAAACAAUGAUACUGGAGAGUCUAUGGAUAAUAUUUCUGUGAAGCGAAG